GAAAGAGAGAACUUCCGGUUGAAAUUGCCCUUGCAUUUUUGACACAAUUUAAGAUAACAAAUUAGCGGCUACUAAACGAUCAUAGAUCCAUGUGAGAAAGAGACUGUGGAAAACAAAGACACAAUGCUGUUAAGGCCAGUGAGAAGACUGUGUGUUAUGAUGAACCAUGCGAGGCUGGCAGCACCGUAUUCAACCUCCUCCAGCAUUGACGAUGAAGUGAUUGUUCAGCGUAUCAAAAACUCUGGUGUGCUGACGUUAAACAGACCAAAGUCACUUAACGCAUUGAACCUCCGCAUGAUUCGGAAGAUGAUGCCAGUAUUAACAGACUGGGAAAAUGAUCCACAUAUGGAUAUGGUCAUUAUGAAGGGGACCGGAAGCAAGGCUUUCUGUGCGGGAGGUGACAUUUUAGCUGUGACAGAGGCAGGGAAGGUGGGAGGAGAUCUAGCCAGGGACUUCUUCAAGGAGGAAUACAUUCUCAACAAUAAAAUAGGUACAUAUCUGCUUCCCUAUGUGGCCAUUAUAGAUGGAAUCACUAUGGGAGGGGGUGUUGGCCUGUCUGUACAUGGAGCAUUCCGGGUGGCCACUGAGAGAACUGUUUUUGCCAUGCCAGAAACUGCAAUAGGCCUUUUCCCUGAUGUUGGAGGUGGCUACUUCCUACCCCGGUUGGGCGGGCGACUGGGCGUGUAUCUAGCUCUAACUGGGUUCAGGCUGAAGGGCAGGGACAUCCACAAAGCUGGCAUUGCAACACACUUUGUACAGUCUAGUAAGAUUCAAGCUCUGGAAGAGGCCCUACUGAAACUUCACGACCCGGAGGCCCUGGACAUAGCGCACACUCUGGACAAAUUCCAGGAAGAGAGCACAGAUGUACUGGACAACGAGUUUGUUCUGGCUGACCACAUGGAAGACAUUAACAGGCUGUUUGCUGGUAACACAGUGGAAGAAAUCAUAGAAAAUCUCAGGAAAGAUGGCUCACCUUGGGCUGCUGCACAGCUGGAGAUUCUCAGCAAAAUGUCUCCAGUGUCUAUGAAGAUCACCUUGCGACUGUUGAUUGAGGGUGAACAAAGAAGUUUCCAGGAUAACUUUCAGGUGGAAUACAGGCUUAGUCAGCGAUGUAUUGAGGACAACGAUUUCUAUGAGGGGGUCCGAGCAGUAUUAAUUGACAAGGACCAGAAACCAAAAUGGAAACCUGCCACACUUGAAGAGGUGACAAAAGAACAUGUAGACUGGUAUUUCUCUCCACUACCUCAGGACAGGGAACUUGAGCUUUAAGAAAACCAGUCAAUUAAGUUUACUCUUAAAGUAACAGGGCAACUUACAUGUACAACCAGUUAAACCAAUUGGAGCAUGUAUCAAUUUCUAGCAUUCAACCAAUCAGAUUCAGAGUAGAGUUGAACUACCAGUCAAAUCUAGGACACUAUUAAAACAAUCAGAUGAAGUGAAGUGUUUAACCUUGAUCUUAUCUACAGCACAGCUCAACAAAUCUGUUCAACUGUACAGUUCAGAAAACCAACUGCACUGUAUAACUAUUUAUGACAAAAGUAUUGAUGUUAUUUCCCCACUUGGUGCAAAGUAUUUUAUUGUUUAACCUUUAUCUUAUCCACAGCACAGCUCAACAAAUCUGUUCAACUAUACAGUUCUGAAAACCUACUGCACUGUUCAACAGUCUGUUUUAUGUCAAAGAGGAUUUUUUUUUCCCCAUUUUUAUUGCCACAUGUCUCUUGGUGCAACAUAAUAUGAGGCAUAAAUUUCGUGAAUAAAAACCAUAUUAACAGUAUCAUAAGUUUUGCUAGUAUUGUUUUAGGUGUUUAUUCUCAGAUAAUGCCCAAAACUACAAUUUUUUAAUCAUGUUACUAUAUUUUGACUUUGUAAUAAACAAUAUUUAAGACUUGAUAUUAGAUUUAUUUAUGUUUGGAUUUUCGGACGUGACAUAGUUUUUAGAGAUUGUUAAACUUACAAUUUGAUAUGUUGUAACUAUUGCUUAACAGGUCCAGAAGAAGUAUCAAUUGAGUAAACUAUUUACAUUCUGUGUAUAUUGUCAACCGAAAGAAAAUGAAUUCUGAUCCUUUCAUAAAUUGAUUAUUUCUUAAUAUUUUUACCAAUUUAUGUGUAUCAAAAUUUCUAUAUAAAGUCGUUAUGUAUGCAAGAAAACAGUUAAGCAUAACUAAAACAAUGGAAUAAUUAUUUGAGUAUAUUUCAUGGUAUCAAUUUUUUUUGCAACUUUUUGACCAAAAAUCUAUAUCAAUAUAAUUUUUCAAUGAAAUAUGAUUCUGACAGUGUAAGCAACAACAAAAAAAUUAUAGGGUGUAAAAUUGUCAAAUAAGUUGAAGUAAUUUAUAAUCGAUUACUGAAGAAUUUGUCAAGAAACUAGUGUGUAGUGAUUUGUUUUAAUUUCAGAUUAACAAAUAUCACAUUGUGAAAUGUACAUAAAAUUUUAAUAUCAAACAUAGUCAUAUUGAACAGGGCAUUAUCAUAUCUGUUCAGUGUUGCACCCCUGCCAUUAUAACCACUACAGGGCAUUAUUUCAGCCUGUAUUGGGGCCAGAAUUUAGCCCCACCCACCCUCGAAAAGUAUGUAAUUUUCUCCCAAGACAGCCAAUAUUCUUCUUACUAAAUAAACAUCAACUAAAUUGAAAAAAAUAAUCGAUCUUUGUUAAACAGGUAUCUACACGUGUACAUGCACUUCAAAGAUUUUUUCUAUUGAAAGAUGUUAAAGAAUGUUACAUUUUUAAAUCCUGUGUUAAAAUAAUAAAUUUCAAAGUUCUCCCUAAAAGGGAAAAUCUCGAAAAACUCCCUCUUCACAAGGGUGCUUGUACCCGUCCCCCGAGACUGGAAAAAUGCCCCGAACUAUGUCAUAAUGUUGUUUGUACCAUGUUUACUUUUUUGUCUAUAUGUCAACUCCCAGUUGAAAUCAAUAACAAUGACACAAGCCUUAACAAUUUAGUAACUAUCAUGCAGUUAAACUACAACGCAAUUCCACUUAUACGACAUGCUAGUUAUUGAACAUUGUCCUUGACAACAUGAUACCAAACAGGUCACUUCACCCAUAGUGGUAGUGCUAUAGUGCUCUUGUAUAAUUUCAUUAACUCAGGUUGUGGUAGCAUUUACUAUUAUAUAUGUUAUCGCUUUCAUGUGUCAAAUUGGCAUGUUGGUUGUUUUUUUGAGUGCAAGUUAUGGAUGGAGAGUAUCAGCAUUAACUCAUUAAUGAGCAGUUUUGUUGAUGAAUGCUCAUAAUUUACUACAUGUACUUUAUUUUCAAACAUAAUUAUAAAAGGAAAGAACACCACACUGUAUUUGUCAACGCCUCAGUGUCGUCAUUUUUAUAAAUGAAAUGUGAUGUUUAAGGAUGUACUCUCACAGAUUGACCAUUAUGACUGUCUUUGAAUGAGCCAUUUUUUUGUGUGAAUGAGUCGACCCCAGAGAUCUAAGACUGCUGACAAUAUAUAAGAUCACAGUUUGUCAUAUUUACUGUUGAAAAUGGACGUUUUAUGGCUUAAAGCGUUAGUAACUCUUUCAGAAAUAUAAAAAAUGAGAUAAGAAAUUUAAGAGCUUUUCUAUGGUGAGUUAUGAAUAGAAGAAGGCAUUGAUGCCAAAAUAGGUUUUAAGAAAUUUAAAAAAAAAUGUCAAAACUGUCCUUCUGUGAGAUUGCAGCUUUAAUCACAUUGACAUUUCUAUGAGAAUAAUGUUCCAGUAUUUGUUGCCGCUUUUGUUUCUCUUUUAUCUUAUUUUCUAAAUUGUUUUUCAUCUUUAAAACAAGCUUACUCAUGCAUAAAAUGUACUUGCAUUACUGCUGAGAAAAUCAUUAUGUAAUAUCUAAGAAAACUAUUGUGAAUUAAUCAAAUACAUGUUUUGUUGAUCGCUGUGUUCCCAAUAAAUGCAACAUUCUAA